AUGAAAAAUUCUGGCGUAGGGGGAACUUGGUAUUCUCGAAAGAGUCCGUUAACCAUUGAUCCCCAUCAAGCUCAAGCUGAUUCCAACUCCUUGUACCUAAACCCUCGCUCAGCGCCUCCUUUGCCUCCGAACUCCUCCAAAGUUUCUCUUCGAUCACUCAAUUCUGUAUUUCGCCAACCAAAGAUAAACAAGGCUCCUUCUGUUUUCUCUGUCGAAUCUGCCCUUUCGCUGCCAGAUUCCGUUGCCUCUCACCCUUACGGUACCAUGCACAUUGCCCCAAUGCCUGUCGUCUCCAACUCCGACAAUGCCGAUGACGAGGAGGAUUGCCCUGUCUGCUUAGAGCCGCUGAGCUUUAGCUUCAGAUUGCCUGGAGAAAAACCUCAUAUUGUACCAGAGUGCGGUCACGCUCUUCACGAAGCUUGUUUCACUGCCGUUUAUGGACCACCGCCAAACCAGUCGAAGUCUACAGUUCCAAGAAAGUCAAAUCUAGGAGUUUGUGGUGUUUGCAGACGCCCAAUGAAAGUAGGAGACGGCGAUGGUGGCAAAUCAAAUACUCUCCUCACAUUCUAUCCAGAGCUGGCUGCGUUGACUGGUGUCGGUGACCAUACCUCGUCGGUGCUGUACCCUGGGAGAGAUACACCCACAAAUCGACGGCGGCAACAACCUCCGAAGCCAUUUGACCCCAACGAAGACGACCCGCUGGAUCAUACUGGCUCAGUAAAGUCAGAUCCUUCCAGAGAGCAUUCUCAGUACAUUGUUGCCCCUUCCAUCCAGGUUCGCCCUGAAUUUUCAUCACUGACCCGCACACACGAUGUCAACCAACCCCUAACGUGUAUCGUCGUUAUCGAGCUUCCCGGUAAGCGGGUUCAUGCUCCGGUUCCUGGCCCUGCACCUCAAGACUACAGCGCUUCUCGUCGGGCUGAGGCCAGUAGUCAUUCAAGACAGGACACUAGUCAUGCUUCACCUCAACCUCGAAGGCAGCAGCAGAUGUCCGAGUCAUACUCUCAGGAUAUGCAUUACAAUAACUCGUCUGGUCAUGGGCAUGAAUCAUUGUCGUCGGGGUCCCACAAACAUAACGAGCAAUCCGCAAUUAUUCAGGAAGAAGACUCACCUUUUAACGCCAUUACCGAAGACUUACGCAACCGGAUCAUCGACUGGAAGGGUCAUCCGCUAUCUGAUCUUGGUCCUCUUCAAAUGUAUGACCUUCUCUCCGUUCGGCGAGAUUCACUUGUCCGCGAAUUCUACGUCUACCUUUUUAAAGAGGCUCUUAUAUGCGUCGUCGAGGAAAAAAAACGUUCACUCGGUCGGUUAUUGUCAUCUGGCCUUGCCGAUACAGCAUCGGCAACGUCGUCAACGGCUCAGUCCAAGGGUGUUCUUCGUCUGAAGGGUAGAAUAUAUGUUCGUCAUAUCAAGCAGGUGACGGCAUCUAGCGCAGCUGGAGAAAUGUCCCUCACCAUCGACAUGGAAGAUGAGCUCGCUUCGUUCAUCUUGAUAUACAAAGAUCGGGGCUCUCUUGAAGCUUGGCGAAAUACUAUUCAGGCCUUGGUUAAUAUGUUCCAGUCCCAAAACCCAUCAUACCAACAGCCACCUCAGGAAGAGGCGCGCGUUCUGGAAAUGGAAGAAUUUGGCGGAAAUUCGAAGGCGAUGAGGAUGUUGAGUGGCAGUACAUCUACUACGGUCAGUAGUGGUGUCGAUAGUCUACUCCAGAAUGGCUCAUCCAGAUCAACAAUGUCUUCUUCCACAUCCCAUGGGUCUGUCCUCCAGCAAUCGCAGCGGCCCCAGAUGCAACAGAAGCUGACUACGCUGGGAGAAGCAGAUGAGAUGAGUCAAUAUGACUCUCCCACAGGUUUGGUGACACCGUACACCUCGUCUGGGCCAUCGAACUCGCUCACUCCUCUCCCCCAUCCGGCAAUGGAUUUGAUAAUGGUCAUCUCUCUUCCUCCGCCCAACUCCUCUCCUAGUACCGCUCAGUUGAAACUGCGUGUCAUCAAAGCUACUUUGGACUUCAUCAUUGCAUCGCUUGCGGCUAAAGAUCGCCUUAGUCUAGUAACCUUCGAGGUUGGUCCAGGUGGCAGAGUCCGCAAAACUCCUUUUUUGAGCGUGAGCAAAGGCCAGAGUAAAAACAGGCUGGAGAAAUUUGUUGAGGAUAUCUCAACAAGGCCAACCAGUGAUCCAGAUGGCAUGGGCACGGGUCGCGUUGAUGAAUUCCUUGUGAGAGUGAGCAAGGAUGAAAAGACUGACGUCGUUACAGCGGUGAACCAUGGUUUGGACGUCGUUCUGCAACGUAAAGCACGCAAUGCAGUUUCCGGGAUGGUUCUCGUCUCCGAUGCUUCUGACAGUACACGUCGAGCACAAAUGGAUCUCGUACUUGCCCGAGCAGAAGCUGCUAACGUGCCGAUCCACUCCUUUGGCUACGGGCGCUCGCACGAUCCAGCCUCCUUAUGGCUCAUGUCCAAUCAUACGUCAGGGACAUACACUUUCGUUAAAGACUGGUAUGAUCUCCGUGAUAGUAUCGCUGGAUGUGUAGGUGGAAUGAUGUCGAUCGGUCUUCUCAACAUGAAACUCCACAUGAAAAUUGUUGAUGGCAACCGUUUCAGAAUACGAAAGGUCUCUGGUGGCCCCUCGAGCAUCCUUGCUAGCGACGGUCAAAACGUAGAUGUUGACGUUGGAGAGCUUAGGUAUGGUGAAAGGAAGGAGAUGCUCAUUGAGCUGGAGCUCGAUAAUACCGACCUUCAGCAGCGCCUUGCACGAGCCAAUGGACAAGGUAACCGUUUGGAUAUGCGCAACAUGAAUGCUACAGAUCGGUUCGUGCAGAGUAUGGGGUUGGAUUCUCUUGCCAUUGAUGAUGUCGAUCUCGCCGAUGGGAUGAUGGAUAGGAUGAUUGAUGAGGUUCCUGUAGUAGAAGUCGAUGGUUCCUUCUUCGAUCCCGCUGCGGCCAAAAACGUCACUCGCCUUGCACAUCCUGUGUUGCUUACCGUGACAUUGCUUCCACCAACACCGAAUGCUCCCAAGCCUCCUUCCUCAGUUUCCGACCCGGUCAUCGUCCGCAGAAGAAUGGAGCUUCUUGCAUCGGACAUGAUCACCCGUGCGCUUGUCCUAGUCUCCAGACGGAACUUCCCCCAAGCGCAGAAGAUUAUUAGUGAGACAAAGCGGAUCCUUCAUACUGUUCUCCAGACGAUCUCUCGUUCAUUGCCCCCGCCAAAUUCGGGCACUUCGCGAAACAGAAAAGAAAUUCUGACCUUGGGUGCUGUUAGAGCUAUGCAGGCAAUUAUGCAAGAUUUACAGAUCUUGAGCGAAGCGUUGGAUGACAAUGUGGAUUUGUUUGCCCAUGAUCAAAGGAACUUUGGGGCCCAGCAGGCAAUGAUUCUCAGAGACCAGAAGAGCUGGACUGGUCGCAGCGCAACAGAGAGAUUGUUCUGGACCACUGAUAAUUCCAUUGAGCUGGUCUCACGCAGUACGGACUGGAUUGCUCGGGAAUAA